AACCAUUUCGGCAAAUUCCUCCUUAUAUAAAAUCCCAAAUAUAAAUGUAAAAAGAAGCAUGGCCAUUGGCAUUCUUACAGAUAAAGUCGAAAACACCUCUCUAUUCAACUCCGUAACUCUCGGUCGGCGCUAAUCCCUCUCUCGCUCUUUAUUUAGCAGCGAAGAAAACUGUAGGGAAUCAGAGUACCUCGCAAAUAAAUUUAGAUGGUGUAUGGACAUGAGUGGCCUGUUUAAAGUAUUCUCUUGCAAGUUGUGCUGCAUUGUUUAUCUCCGACUAACAGUAUGUGCUUGGAUUUUGGGGAGCAGGCCCAUGGGAAACACGGGAAACAAACCAGCGAAGCAAGAGCCCGAAGAGAUUUUCUUGAAGAUCGUACCUCCAUUAGACCAUGCCUAUGUCAGGUGGCUUACUCGGGAUCUCGAGAGGACUCAUGGCUUCACUCCAGCAAAGCCUCGUGCGGUAAAGCCUCCAGAUCAUUAUAUAGAGUACAUGCAGUUGAAUGGAUGGUUAGAUGUGAACCUGGAUGAUCCUGACGUAGCACACUUGCUCAAAAAGUAGAUGAUAUGAUCAUGUGGAUUCCUCUUCUUUGAAUAUGGAAAAUAUAUUAUGAAUUGUUCAUAGAAUCUUUUAGAUAACACUACUGGCUCUAAAGCAUAGUAUUGAUCAUGUUAUUUAUCAUUAAUUUAUUCUACAGGAAUACUUGGCAAGUCUUAAUUACCAAAAGAUCUUGUUUGUUCACUUUUCUUCUUGACUGUUAACAACAGAAGUUAAGUUGCACUAAAAGAUUCUUUUACCUUA